AUGUCUUCAAUUGCUGCCAUGGCUUCCCGUCGGGCCUUCGCCCGCCAGUCCGUCUUCCGGGCUGCCCCGCGACGCCUCUACAGCUCCAAGAUCGAGGAGGCCAAGCUCGACAAGGCUGGCAAGCGCGAUCCCGAGCUCUACGUGCUUCUCGGUGUUAUGUCCGGAGCUUUUCUGAUUGCUGGAUGGUACUUCGGCAGAAAGCCCACCUCCGUCACCUCUGAGAGCAACGUUCGCAUCGGCGAGAGCGCCAUGCCCUGGGAGCGCGAUGACGAUGGCAAGGUCUACAAGUACCAGUACCACCCCCACGGUGAUACCAGCCAGCCCCUUAGAAACGCUCCCAGCGCUCUGAACACCGUCAUUGUUCCCAAUGUCACCCUGCCCGCGGAUCUCCACGAGCGCUUCAACAAGUACGGAAAGGAGGAGUGGGACUACUAG